GCCGCCCCGCGAACCCCAGGCGUAGGCGGCGCCCACUUUGACAAGUACCUGGGGGGCGGGACUGCCGUUGCAGGCUCACUCCUCUUAGAAUCUAGGUCCUGCGGGUCUACGCCGAGGCCCGGCGAUCUGUACGUGCUGCAAGACCACCGCCGCACCCGUAAACGCGGGUGGACCGCACACCACGCGCUGAGGAAGUUGAAGAACUAGCCCUCCAGUCAAUGAUUAGUUCUAGAAGAGGGGAUGAAGUGCUCCCUUCUCAGCCUGCAUCUGAACAGCCACAUGAUAUGUUGGUACACGUAGACAAUGAAGCAUCAAUCAACCAAACUGCACUGGAGUUGAGCACAAGGAGCCAUGUGCCGGAGGAGGAGGAGGAGGAGGAGGAGGAAUCAGAUUCUUGAAGGCGGGAAAGAGCCAAGGCGAAAUGCACGUCUGAACGGAGACAGGCAUGGCAAAGAGGCCUGAAAGCGACAAUGGCACACCACUGGGCAGGGGACUCGCUCUUUGCUGCUUCCCAGAUACUUAGACGCCGGCCGCGUGGGUCGGUGUGCUGGGCU